AUGCAUGGCCGGCUGGUCUGGUGGAUUCUUGCUUUUGGUUCAUGCUGGCCCAUUGCUUUGAUGCCUGGAUUCGGGGUGUGCAGACAACUCCUCGAGUAUAUCGAGGCCAAGGGCGCAGCCGAUGCGCAGGCCCUGGCCAAGGCUCUCAAGUGUGCCCCGGAAGUGGUGGUCGGUGCCAUCAAGAGCAUUCAGACCUUUGAGAACGUCAUCAAUGUCGCCGAGGUCAAGCAGCAGCUAUGGCAGUUCACCAAAGAUGGUCAAGAUGCGCUGCAGAAGGGGAGCCCUGAGGUGCGCCUCAUGAGCGUCAUCCCCGCCGAGGGCAUUGCUGCCUCCGACCUUGAGGCCUCCCCCGUCUACAAGGGACUGGGCGAUGCCGCCAAGCCCUCCAUCGGCCAAGCCAUGAAGAACAAGUGGAUUGCCAUCGACAAGUCAUCAGGCGCCGUGGCUUACGUCCGCAAGGUCACCGAGGUGCCCGACGAAACACAAAAGGUCUUGGCGCAGCUCCAGAAGGACCCCAGUGGCAAGAGCACAGAUGACAAGGUGCUCAAGGAUCUCAAGAAACGCAAGCUUGUGGAACAAAAGUCCGUCACCACUUACAACGUCACCAAGGGCUCGGCUUUCACGACUACCCUGCGCAAGGGCGAAGCUGAUUUGACUGCUGACAUGUUGGCUGACGGCUCGUGGAAGAGCAAGGACUUCAAGCCAUUCAACCUGGCUGCUGAUGGCGUGCCCGUGUCCCGUGGUACCCUGCAUCCUCUCCUCAAGGUUCGCGAGGAGUACCGACAAAUUUUCCUCGAAAUGGGCUUUGAGGAAAUGCCCACCAGCCGCUUCGUCGAAAGCUCCUUCUGGAACUUUGAUGCCCUCUUCCAGCCGCAACAGCACCCGGCUCGCGAUGCCCAUGACACCUUCUUCAUGACAGCACCUGAAACUUCGGCCUCUUUCCCUGCUGACUACGAAGAGCGUGUCAAGAACACGCACGAAAACGGUGGUGGCUACGAAUCCAUUGGCUACCAAUAUAACUGGGAGCGCUCCGAGGCUGAAAAGAACUUGCUGCGCACCCACACCACCGCCGUCAGCGCCCGCAUGCUCUACAAGCUCGCACAGCAGAAACCUUUCAAGCCCGUCAAAUAUUUCUCCAUUGACCGCGUCUUUCGUAAUGAGACGCUUGAUGCCACGCAUCUGGCCGAGUUCCACCAGAUUGAAGGCGUGAUUGCCGAUUACAACCUUACUCUGGGCGAUCUCAUGGGUACCCUUCACAACUUCUUCACCCGCCUCGGCAUUCACGACCUUCGCUUCAAGCCCGCCUACAACCCGUACACCGAGCCCUCAAUGGAAGUGUUCUCUUAUCAUGCCGGCCUCGACAAGGUCGUCGAAAUUGGCAACUCUGGCAUGUUCCGCCCCGAGAUGCUCCGACCCAUGGGCUUGCCUGAAGACGUUGUUGUCAUUGCUUGGGGUCUCUCAGUUGAACGCCCUACCAUGAUCAAGUAUGGUUACUCCAACAUUCGCGACCUCAUUGGCCCCAAGGUCGACCUGACGGCUGCGCAAAGCGCGCCCCUCGUACGGUUGUAAACAACCACCACCAACGCCGCCCAACGUCUUGUUUUGCUUGUAUAACCCGUUGCUUUGGACUUCUCCUUCAUCUUGAUGUGCGGACUGUACGCUGUCCCUCGAACGCGACUCGACUCAAUUUGACAUCUUUGCUAGAGGCCAAUUCAAAACAAUGCCA